AAGUUUUCUCUACACAAUUGGUCGAUAGAGUAGUAAUAUUUUUUAUGCAAAUACUACAUGGCUCACUUGAGACAAAGUGAGAAGUGACUAAAUGGAUUACAAUCUUCCUAAUUUGCUAUGAGUUUAUUAUAAAUGUUAGUAAACUUUUUUAAUAACUAGUUGGAGAAUUGCUUUUGCGGGUUAACCCACGACCCAACCGCACUCAUUCGCCACCUACCCAACCCGUAGUAGAAUGUUGGUGGAUUGCAAAUCACAAUUAUUACAACUCUCUAGUAUGUAGGUGGGUCAAUUUGAGACAAAAACCCACCCAACAUCUCAUUGCCCACCCCUAGUUAUAACAUUCGUAAAUGAUCAUUCAUUGCCAGUCUAUUUAAAGACGCAGUCACUUUGUUAUCUAUGGUUGAAAAGGAAAUUGUCAUAACAAAAGAAAAAACAAAGAGUUUGUGUGGAAAAGUCGUAGCAUACAUAGGAAACACACAACCAUUAACGUUUAGCCAAUAUUUGGUUCUUUUGGAAUUUGUCCAUCGUCAUUUACUCAACACUCAGCAGUGAUGGUGCCUAAAAUAGACAUAGAACAUGCACCUGACCUUCUGAAUGCGACGUAGAAACCACGCAAUUUAAAUAGAGCAACUAAUUUCUGGUGAUUUUCUUACCCCACAGAAACGAAAGUUGAUGUUGCUUUUGACCAACGUUAACUCUUUGUCAUGGCAGAGCCUGGUGUACACAAAUCUAGUAGACAUAGAAAACGAGUGAGAUGGAUAUGGAACACAUAUCUUCCUCACUAUGUUGGUUUGGAUCAACCAGCGUUUGUCAUGGCAACAGUACCGUUGAACUGAUAAAUCAAUAAUCGAAUCGAUUUUCUCGGUAAAACUAGUCAAUGACGACUAGUACCGAGUCAAUCGAUACUUGUUACACUCAGUCACAAUAUAAUUGACAUCUUAAUUGACUAUAAUGACUGAAAAUGAUAAACAAAAACAACUACAACUCUAAACGCACGAGCAACAAUAAAGAACAUAUACUAACUUAUCAUCAUCAUUCGAUUUUAACUUUGUCCAUGUUUGUCGACAUUUCCGAGUAAAAUGCAUUGGCCGUCGGAGCGAGAGAUGCCGGUUUCCUCUUUGUUUUGUCACUAUCGUCUCUACUCCCACCUUACUAAUAAGAUGCCAGUUUCCUCUUAGUUUCGCAUAAAAAAACAGUUGGGAAACGGAGGUUGCGAAGGUCUUCUGGCAAAGAGCUUUAGGCAACAGGUCAUUGUUCCUUAAUUUCUGAGCAAUGUACGUAGCUUUGAUGUUAUAUUGCAAUAUAUUAACACCACAAUAGUGUACAAACAGUUGAAACAGUGCAUAUACAAGAAAAGAAGGGCUGUCAGCAAACGGCAGAGGAGUUUUUUUUUAACUUUGGUUUGGUGGGGUUGACCUCGACAGCAAGUUUCCAAAGGGUUCAGCUUCUCAAAACCCAAUUCCAGAACUGAAGACAGAGUAGUACUAAGAGAAGGGAAAACUACUACUCUCGGAGUAAUCCGAAAGCCGAAAUGGAAGACCAGAAACCAUACAUUCUGCUGCUGUUCCUGCAGCUGAUAUAUGCAGGAAUGGCUCUGUUCUCCAAAGCAGCCAUCUCUGGAGGUGGAGGAAUGAGCUCCUAUGUAUUCGUCACUUACCGCCUCGCUUUCGCCUCGGUUGCAUUGGCUCCCUUUGCCCUCUUCCUCAAGAGUGAGAAGGCUGUUCCCUUGCCAUACAAGGUUCUCAUGAAGAUCAUUUUGCUUUCCUUCUUUGGGCAGACUGUGGGUUUGAACCUCUACUACUAUGCAAUCAGCUACACAACUGCAACUUUUGCUGCAGCUGCUACUAAUGCAAUUCCUGCCACAACCUUCAUUGUGGCUGUGGUAAUGAGGAUGGAGAGGCUGUCCAUAAGGAAAGUCCAUGGAAUGGCCAAAGUAAUUGGCUCUGCAGUUGGUGUUUCAGGGGCACUAGUAUUUGCCCUUGUGAAGGGCCCUGCUCUUGUUAACGAUGUCCACACAUCAACAUCAAAACAUGGUCCUCUGAAGAAUUGCUGCUCCAAGGGUGAUUGGAUUAAGGGCUCCCUCGUCAUGAUCUUGGCCAAUACUAUUUGGUCCUUGUGGGUCAUUAUUCAGGGUCGCAUGGUGAAGCAAUAUCCAGCAAAAGUCCGGUUCACAGCACUACAGUGUGUGUUUGGCUGCGUAAUGGCAGCUGUUGUAGCCGUCGUAGCAGAGAGGGAUGCCUCUGCUUGGAAACUUGGAUGGAAUAUCCAUCUGUACGCUGUUGCCUAUUGCGGAGUGGUUGUGACGGGGCUAACCUAUUGGCUGCAACUAUGGGCGAUACAGAGGAAGGGACCGGUUUUCGCAGCGAUGUUCACCCCAUUGGCGCUGAUCGUGGCAGCCAUUUUCUCAGCAAUCGUGUGGAAAGAAGUCCUCUAUUUGGGAAGCCUUGGUGGGGCUGUUCUGCUGGUUGGAGGGCUCUAUUUGGUUUUGUGGGGGAAGAACAAGGAAGAAAGGCAGCAAACCAAAUUCGAUGGCAAGAUCAGUAACCAAGAUGAAGCAAAAGCAGAAGGAGACGAGAAAGCAGAAGACUCUAAAGACGAAAUCGCCAUAGCACAUGAAUGCAAUACUCAACAUCAGUUGAAUCAAGAUGGGAUGGAAGUGGCAGUUCAUAAUAGCAGCCCUUCACAACAACAAAGCCAUAUAGAUGUAACACUACCACCAAUCAACUAGCUAGCUAGCUCAUCUCAAGGCUAAUAAAAAUAGGAUCUUGAUCAAAGUGAAAGUUGUGUAUUCUAAUUAAGGGGUGGGUAGGGUUUUCUGAUUGGUUCGAGAUCGAACCGGGGAAAAAAAUAGGAUCUUGAUCAGAGUGAAAGUAAACCAAUAAGAUCCCAAUUGCAUCUGAAGUGCUUUGAUUCCGUCUAGUAAUAGAAACAAUACUAUCAGAAUAUAUAAACUGAACCCAAGAGAGCUCACCUUAUAAAGGCUUAAAAUUGCCCGUCGGCCGGCGAACGAAUUGCCAGAGUGAUUAAGAAGGGUUAAUGGGUUAUAUAAAGGAUUUUUCGCUGCGUGUUGUUGUUAUACAGAGGCUUGCUGUUCUCUGAGUCUCUGACAUUGUGCUGAUGCUCCGCGGCGUGUUACAGUGAUCGGUCGGCGACGGGCGAAACCGAGAGCGGUGGCGGAGGAAGCGGAACCGGGGAAACGAUCUGAAUUAGCGAGGGGAAUUUUCCCGGGAAGGUUUUUCUUCUUUGUUGGAAUUAUUUUCAUUUGCUUACCGAAACAAAGGGGCUUUGGAGCAGCUUCUCUUAUUGGGCCGGGCCGGAGCUCUCGUACCUAACUAGACGAUCGAUUUUCAGGAAAUGAAUAGGGAGGAGAUCAAAUAGUAUUUGGGCUUAUGCUAGUGUUCAUUUUAAUUGUUCUUAUUUGCUUUGACUAUCAUUUCACGAAAAAGUCAGUGGAUUGUGGCUCUCUCGUGCUUACCUAGUUAAUCCGCAAGGGUUUCUAUGACAAAAAAAAAAAAAUAGUAUUUGGGCUUCAAGGUGGUAUGAGCCCAAACAUUCCAGGGUUAGGCAAUUAAUUCAAUUCGAUAGUAUUAAGAGAGUUAGGGGUGGUAACGAUUCGGGUCGAGUAGACACUUCAAAUUUAUAUUUUUUUGUGAUACAUAUUUUCGUAUAAAUAUAUUUUUGUGAU